AUGACGAAAGAUGUUAGUAAACGGAGACGUCAAUCAUUCUCGAAGGUUCGAAAGUUCCCUCCUGAAGAAGAUUUGGCUUAUCCCAUCAAGCUUCCUUCCACCCGAGGGCUGGGCAGAAGCAUCAACAAGACCGGUGUUUCCAGAGCUCCUGUACGGCCAACCCAACGACAAGGCAAAUUGUCAACCAUCCAACCGAUUGUGUCCGAAUCUCGUCAAAAAGAAUUGAACCAACUUGCCCUCAGUGUGCACUACUUGCAGACACAGUUGCCCAAGGAAAUUCGAGCAGCAGGUUUUUCCAGGACGGCUCCUGUCUAUGAGAUUGAAGAUCUAUCCGGUUCACCGGGAGUGAUUCGAAAAAAGAGUCAAAAGAAAACAUGCCCAAUCGAUGGAAAACCUGGUUCGGCAUAUGUGCAUUGUGUCGAGGGAGUCGACAAUGUUGGAGAUGCAACUCAUAUGCUCAGCUAUUCGUGGAAAUAUGCGAUUGGGGAUAUCAUUGACACUCUGGUGGACUUUUGCGACAAGAAUGACAAAAAUCCCAAGCGGACCUACGUGUGGAUCUGCUGUCUAUGCAUCAAUCAACACCGCGUUGUUAAACAGACAAUGCUGGAAGAAAAAGGCACCGUGGAAACGGAAACUGUGGACUUUUUGUCUCUUUUUGGGGAUCGAGUCACAUCGAUUGGAACCAUCGUUGCCAUGAUGGCUCCUUGGAGUGCCCCAACUUAUUUGACCAGAGUCUGGUGUGUUUUUGAAAUCUACACUGCCUACCAGAAAGGCUGCAAUAUCAUCAUUGCCAUGCCACCCGCUCAGACCAAAGCGUUAGAAAAAGAUCUCUUGUUUGGCAAUAAUCCAAAGACUGACAAUUUAGACCGUCUGUACGAAGUCUUGGCCAGUACCAAGGUACAGAAUGCCAAAGCAACCUUUGAAAAGGAUCGUAUUGCGAUUUUGGAUAUCGUGAAAGUAAAUCCGGGAUAUGCUAUACUCAACAACCGUGUCAAUGAGCUGUUGCGAGGUUGGAUCCGCGGGGUUAUCACGCAACUGGUUGCCAAGAAGGAAGCCAAACGGGCCAUUCAGACCCAGAGCCUGUGGUCCCGAUACUUCCUCUGCGGCUUGAUUCAAGUAUGGCGCGACAUAAGGUAUGCUAACUUUUGCCAUCUUGUCGGAGUCUUGUUGAAUAACAAUGAAGAGAAUGACGCCGCUCUGGAAAGUAUCCACAAGGCCAAAUCCAUCCGGGAAAAUACACGCGGCGAGAAUCACCCUGAUGUCGCACUGUCGCUGAGCAUCAUUGGCAUCAUCCUCUAUUCCAAGGGAGACUACGAUGCGUCUUUAGAGGCGCACGAAAGAGCCCUGAAAAUCCGACAAUCUGCAUUGGGAAAGAACCAUCUUGACACGGCCACUUCUCACCGCCAAAUCGGGGCUGCCCUGGAAGCCAAAGGUCUGUAUCAACAAAGCCUUGACGAGCAUCGCAAGGCUCUAGCUAUCCGGCGAGCACAGCUCAAAGGCGAGAAUCACGAGGCCAUUGGCGAGUCUUAUGGGAGUAUUAGUUCAGUGAUGGAGGAGAUGGGAGACUACGAUUCGGCCAUUGAACACUGCAGAAAAGCCAUUGCAAUACGCGAAACAUGCAAUGGUCACAAUCACCCCGACACUGCCAGUCUCUAUGGGAUCCUGGGGAGCCAGCUCUUCAAUAAAGGCAACUAUGAUGGUGCACUCGAAGAGACACGGAAAGCCUUGGCCAUUGAGGAAAACAUUUUGGGUAAAGACCACACCGACACGGCUGCCUCCAUUAACAACAUUGGGAUGAUUCUCAAAGCCAAAGGGGACUUGGAAGGUGCGCUUGUAGAGUACGAAAGGGCCUUGGCCGUAUUUGAAAGUUACCAGCGCAAAUACCCCGAAGCCUUGGAGGCUUAUCGAAAAGGACUCAAGAUAAAGCAGGCUGUUCUGGGUCCAGAUCACCCCGAUGUCGCCACAAGCUACAACAACAUUGGGAGUGUGCUCCACGAAAUGGGCAGGUUUGAUGAAGCAGUUGAAGAGCACAAAAAGGCGCUAAAGAUUCGAGAGGAAGUCUAUGGGGCGAACCAUUACAAGUUGGUGGGAUCAUACAACAAUAUUGGUGGCGCCUUGCAAAGCAAAGGAGACUAUGAGGGAGCAUUGGAUGCGCUUAGAACGUCGCUUGAUAUCACUGAGGCAACAUUAGGCAAAAGGACACCUGAGGCAAAGGAGUUGUUGGACAAGAUUUACUGGCUGCUUCGUGCAACGGCAUGA